AUGGAGGCCCGCGGGCAGGUCAACCUCGAUCGCAUGCUCUCCCGCAAGCCGCUUCACGAUGCGGAGAGGCAGGCAGCGCCGGCCACAGUAUGCGUCACCGGCGGAGCCGGCUACAUCGGGUCGCGCAUUGUUGCGCGGCUCCUGGCGGCGGGCCACACUGUGUACGCCACCCGCCGCGCUGCCGGGGACGACGAGGCGGCCAUUGCGGCAUUGCAGGAGCUUCCUGGGGCGCAGGAGCGGCUGCGCUGGCUUGAGGCUGACCUGAUGCAGGCAGGCUCCUUUGACGCCGCUGUCGCAGGCUGCAAGUAUGUGAUCCACACUGCCGGGGUGGUGAGCCUCAAUGCGCCGCAGCGGCUGGCCUAUUCUCGCGUGAUAGAGCCCACGCUGCACGGCAUCGAAAACGUGCUGAGCGCCGUGAACAAGACAGCAAGCGUGGAGAAAGUGGUGCUCACCUCCUCCCUGGUGGCUUCCUCUUCCGAUUUCCACGAUCGCGGCCCCGGCCACGUGUACACGGAAGGCGAUUGGAACCUGGGCUUCAUGCAGCUGGAUGAGCCCUACGUCACGGCCAAGGUGCUGGCGGAGUGGCAGGCCUGGGCCAUCGCCUCCCAGCAGGACCGCUGGCGCCUGGUGGCCAUCUGUCCCGGCAACACCUACGGGCCACCCAUGGACAUCAGCCCCAACAGCGGCCCUGUGCCGUCGAUGAUCAAACAGAUGGAUGGCACUUUCUACCCUUUCGUGGCCCCGCUGGGGCUGACGACUGUGGAUCUGGAUGAUGUGGCAGCAGCGCAUGUGCUGGCCAUGGUGCUGCCAGAGGCGCGGGGGCGCUACCUGCUGUGCGAGCGCGGCACUCUCAUGUCUGACAUAGCCGCCAUGCUGCGGCAGAUGUACCCAGCUUACUGGGUGCCGCACAUCGUGCUGCCAUUCUGGGCCGCCGUGCCGCUGCUGGCACUGAUGGGCAUCAGAAGCUUCAAGUGGAUGCGCAGCCUGUGGAACAAGCAGGGCGCGGUGAUUGACUGCAGCAAGGCGCGGCGGGAGCUGGGCCUGCAGUUCAUCCCGCUGGAGCAGACUCUGCGGGAGAUGAUGGAUCGGCUGAUUGAUCUGGGCAUCCUGCGCCGCAUCCCAGCCAUCAGCACCGCCCCCGCGGCGCUGCCGCUGCCAGCUGGCGCCGCGCAGGCGGGCCCCGCCACCGGCGCGGCACACAUGGUGGCAGCCAAGGCGGCAGAGGCGGAGGCGGUGGUGGGGGCCGCGUUGAAACAAGCUGCCAAGAAGCUGGCCUGA